AUGGCAGAUGAGGCUGUGCACUUUUACUCUCAACAAUUUGCACAAGAAGAGUUAAUUGGAGAUGAAAAUUUGUUGUCACUCCUUCCAGUUUUGAUUGACCAAGACAGAAAUGAUCUUCUUUGUCAAAUGCCCAGUGUUGAUGAAGUCAAAAAAGCUGUUUUCAACCUUAGUGGAGCAAGUGCUAGUGGACCUGAUGGUUUUCCUGGAGUGUUCUACCAGACAUGUUGGUACAUAAUUAGCUUGGAUGUAUACAAGAUGGUGGUGGCUUUCUUUCAGGGUCAUACUCUUCCAAAAUCAGUCACUCACACAAAUCUUGUGUUACUACCAAAGAAGGAGUUGAUUCAAAGUUACUCAGACUUAAGACCUAUAAGUUUAAGUAACUUUAUCAACAAAGUGAUGUCAAGAGUUGUUCAUGAUAGAUUGGAGAUUGUGUUACCACAGUUGAUUUAUAUUAAUCAAGCAGAAGGAGAGUCAUUGAAGAGAAUCAUGAAGAUACUGCAGGAGUAUGAGGCAAUCUCUGGUCAACUGAUCAAUAAAGGCAAGAGUGCCUUUUAUAUGCAUGACAAGAUAUCUGGUGCACUAUCUCAGCAGGUGGAGCAGAUUACUGGCUUUAAAAGGGAUCAAUUUCCAUUAACAUACUUGGGAUGUCCUAUAUUUCAUUUAAGGAGGAAAAAGGGAUACUACAAUGAUCUUAUCAAGAAGGUGAAAAACAAGCUGCAAAAUUGGAAAGGCAAGCUGCUCUCCUUUGGUGGAAAAGCAGUUCUUAUCAAUAGUGUGCUUCAGAGUAUUCCAAUAUAUAUGCUGUCAACUGUUGUUCCCACAAAAUACACCAUUAAUGAGCUUCAUAAAAUCUUUGCAAGGUUUUACUGGAGUACUAAGGAAGAAGGUAAAAGCAGGCACUGGUCCUUUUGGGACAAGAUUUGUUUGCCAAAAGAAGAAGGAGGAUUAGGAUUCAGAUCUCUAAAUGAUGUGUCUAUGGCCCUUUUUGCCAAACUAUGGUGGAAAUUUAGAACAUCAAAUACAUUAUGGUCAGCCUUUAUGUGGAAUAAAUAUUGCAAGAAGAAGAAGCCUACAGAAGUGCAGUGGAAAAGUGGAUCACAAGUGUGGAAAAGAAUGCUAGAGGCAAGAGACCAGGUGGAUCAUCAGAUAUGGUGGGAACCUAAAAAUGGAUUAUGUGAUGUAUGGGAAGAUAAUUGGACUAAACUUGGUCCACUCAAACAAGUAAUACCACCAGAUUUUCAGAUUGACACUAGCAUUGAGGAAGUAUCACACUUUAUGAAUGCAAAUGGCUGGGAUGCCCAGAAAUUGCAUACCAAACUGCCAAGUAAUGUGAGUGAUCAUAUCCUACAACAAUUGAGCAUAGUGGAGCAUUCAGAGGAGAAAGAUAAAUCAUGGUGGAUGGCUAGCACUACAGGAGACUUCACUGUAGGGAGUGCUUGGAAUAUGCUCAGGAGAAAGGCUCAAACAGCAGAUAACUUUUCAAAGUUGUGGCACAAAGGAGUUCCAUUCAAAAUAUCAUUCUUCCUUUGGAGGUUGUGGAAGUUCAAAUUACCAGUGGAUGAUGUACUAAAGAGAAUCAACAUAAGCAUUGUAUCUAGAUGUAGAUGUUGUUUGAAUUCUCAGCAGGAGGAGAUAAUUCAAUAUCUAUUCCUUAUAGGUGAGUUUGCAGCAGAAAUUUGGCAGCAUUACAAUGCAGCUGUGGGGAUAGUUGUGCCAAGGAUCCAGAUUCAUCAGAAAAUAGUACAAUGGUGGUAUAUGCAAGCUCCUACAAAACUCAAAGCAGUCAUGCAGGCUGCACCUGCAUUCGUAUGCUGGCAACUAUGGAAGAAGAGAAAUACUAUCAUGCAUGGGGGUAAGAUGAAUAAACUAAAGAUCAUACAUGGGAUCAACUAUAAUCUGCAGCAACUAGUCAAGACAUUAUAUCCUUGGUUGAGAUAA